UCUAGUGCUUCCUCGUUAGAGUCAGAGAAAGAGAGACAGGUGUAUCACACGUUACAGCUGCCCCUCAGAUCUAUCCUCAAAAAAUCAUCCUCAUCCUCAGCUCUAUCAGACAGGGCCAACAGCGAAACCAAUCUUCAGUCUGAAAUUACUGCUUACUAUAGAAAAUUGGCCAGUACCAAGAAAACCAGUAUUUGUGAAGAUGCUCCUUAUAUCCUUGAUAAAAGAAGCUUUACUAAUCUGGCAAAGAAAGUUAGACUACCUCCAGAACCAGUAAAGAUUAAGAAUCUUACUACAGAACAACAAGAAGAGUGGGAGGAGCAAAGACUUACAGAUCCAAUAGAAUGGGAGGGAGUUCAGAUAGACCCCGCCCCCUUCCAGCUGGUGGAGAGAACUUCUCUACACAAGGUCCAUUCUUUGUUUUCUUUGUUGGGCAUUAAUCAUGCUUAUGUCACCAAUACUGGGAGACUUGUUGGAGUGGUGGGAUUAAAAGAGCUAAGAAGAGCCAUUCAGGGAAGAAUUGAUGCUCAGGCCAAAGGUCAAGAUGAGACAGAGGAUGAAGAAGUUGAGGAGAUAGAUCCUCAGAACCUGGAGGUGGAGAUGCCUCAGCCUCAAAACGAAUACAGACUGGUUAACACCUCUAACGAGGAACUGCACGGAGUGCUAGUGACUAAGGACGAGUGACUUGUUAACACUGCUAACGAGGAACUGCAUGAUGUGCUAGUGACUAAGGACGAGUGAGGACCACACACAAGUGUGGAUUCAUGUUAUAGUGCAGAUGUGAUACAAUUGUCAUGUGAAAUUUUGUCAACUUUUAAAGAUCUAGCUUUACUUCUGAGUCACUUAAGGUUUGGGAAAAUUCAUAUACUCUACCAUGAGAAAUUAAUACCAAAAAAGUGUGUUCAUAAUAGAAUUGAAUGAUAUCUUCCUUGAUAUGUGUUCCACAGGAAAAAAAAUGUUUUCACCUUUUUCAAUAUCUCAGGAUUCAUUAAAUGUUACAGAGCCAUAAUGUCACAUUGUGACCAAAUUGUAUGCAUUCCUUGUUAAAUGUGAUUUAACACAACAUAUGUUAAUAUGGUUUUUAAUGGUUGUUCCAGAAAUACAUUCCUGCAGCCAUUUUAAAAUUUUCCUUAUCAAGGAGAUGCUCAAAGAACUGUCAAUAAAUCUUCACACAUAUUUUUAUUUUAUGCAUUGUAUGAUAUUUUUUUCUCAUUUAAGAAUCUCAUUUUUUGCUUAAUACACAUGUAAAUAAAUCAUUGCAAGUUUA